AUAUAAUUCUUCUCAAAUAUUGACAUUUAUCCAAAACGUGAGAAAAAGCAGCGCACUCUGCACAUCUUUCUCCAUCCCCAUCCAUUCCUGUUGACCCUUAAACGUUUCAAGAUCCCCUUUUUGCUGUCAGAGAGAGAGAGAGAGAGAGAGAGAGGAAGAAGAAGAAGUGAUUGAAGGAGGGGACUAAGACCUUUCAGAAGAAAUUGAGAUCCAAAGAAAAUGGGUGCUCUGUGCAAGCUGGCGGACGGAUUACUGUUCCUGUACUUUCUGGUAAUGGUGGCGGUGGCUCCGCUGUUCGACGCGCAGGCGUGUUUGCCUCAAACCCUUUUCCCCGAUUUCCUCAUUGAUCUGAAACACUGGUACUCCCGCGAGUACGGGGAUUAUCUGGUCGCGGAGAAACCAGAUUUCUUCGUGGGCUUGGUGUGGCUGGAGCUCCUCCUCCAGUGGCCACUCUCCCUCGCCAAUCUCUACGCCUUACUCGCCGGCAAGUCUUGGUUCCGCACCACCUGUUUGAUCCACGGCGUCUCCGUUUUCACCGCCAUGGUUGCUAUAUUAGCAGAACUGUCGGGAUCGCGUAAGGCAUCAGAAAAACUACUGAUGAUGUACUAUCCUUUCGCGGGUUUUGCUGUUUUGGCCAUUCUACGGGGGCUGGUGCUGCCCUCUGGCAAGAGUGCUACUUCAACCAUUGGCAGAAGACCAAUGCUAGCAAGGAAAAAGAGGGCUUGAGACAGAUAUAUGAGCUCAAAUUUUGUAGUUGUUUUCCUCUGUCUCCUUGUUGGGGAAUUUUGCAUUUAGUUUCUGUGUUUUCUUAGUUAAGAGACCUUGAUUCGUUGAGAGAAAUCUAGCACAAACAUGUGUUUUAUAAAUCUUUGUAUUUCUAAGCCACAUGGAAUCUCAUGGCCAAACGGAAUUUAUAACUGGGGUUGGUUGCUAUUUGGCCUGCACCACAAAACUUGGCCUUUGAAAGGAAAAAGCAUGAAUGGUUUAUAAAAUAAUUUACAUAUUGCACUA